CUUUUCCAUAUAACAAACCAAACACUACUCUUUUCUAACCAAGAGAAAGGUUUUAUAUAUGCAGAAUGAAGUUUGAGAGAGCAAGGCCAUUCAUAGCCAUUGUUUUCAUACAAUGUUUGUACGCUUUGAUGUCUAUAGUAGCAAAAUUAGCUUUGAACAAGGGAAUGAGCCCUCACGUCUUAGUUGCUUACCGAAUGGCAGUUGCUUCCGCUCUCAUUACGCCUUUCGCUCUCAUCCUCGAGAGGAACACAAGACCAAAGUUGACCUUCAAGAUUUUGUUACAAAUAGCCAUCCUUAGUUUAUUUGAGCCUGUGGUCGAACAAAACCUGUACUACUCAGGGAUGAAACUUACCACUGCCACAUUCACAUCAGCUUUGUGCAAUGCUCUUCCUGCUAUGACAUUCAUAAUGGCCUGCGUUUUCAAGCUCGAGAAGGUGACAAUCGAAAGACGCCACAGCCAGGCAAAGCUGGUGGGAACCAUGGUGGCUAUUGGGGGAGCAAUGCUCAUGACAUUCGUGAAAGGGAAUGUCAUUGAGCUGCCUUGGACAAGCAACUCAAGGGGUCUUAAUGGGCACACACACGCUAUGAGGAUUCCAAAGCAGGCGGAUAUAGCAAGAGGAUCAAUUAUGCUUGUAGCAAGCUGCUUCAGUUGGUCAUGUUACAUCAUUUUACAGGCAAAGAUUCUGGCUCAAUAUAAAGCUGAGCUCUCGCUAACAGCUCUUAUGUGCAUUAUGGGGAUGUUGGAGGCUACUGUUAUGGGAUUGAUAUGGGAAAGGAAAAACAUGUCGGUCUGGAAAAUCAACCCGGACGUGACGCUUUUAGCUUCAAUCUACGGAGGACUAGUCUCAGGGUUAGCAUACUAUGUUAUUGGAUGGGCGUCAAAGGAGAGAGGGCCUGUGUUUGUGAGCGCGUUUAACCCGCUCAGCAUGGUUCUCGUUGCUAUUCUGAGCACCUUUGUUUUCUUGGAAAAAGUGUACGUAGGAAGGGUUAUUGGGUCAGUUGUCAUUGUCAUUGGGAUAUAUUUGGUAUUAUGGGGUAAAAGCAAGGACAAAGGAGGGAUGCUUCAACCAAACGCUGGAUGCGCAGAGACUGUGGUAAAGAUUGACCAACAGAAGGUUCCGACGCCUGAUAAUAACCAAGUAGUAUCUAUCAGUUACCAUUUAAUGAUCCCGAAGGCAGCAGCUCGGUCUCAAGAGUGAGUCUAAGAUGCCGAUUCUGUUCCAGGAUCUCUAUAUAUCGCAAAAAAACAUUUUUGAUAGUAUUGGUUUGCCAGAAUAAGAGCAAGCAAUGCGCUACAUUAAGUCUCAUAAAAGCUAAGAACUUGGAG